ACACCAUCAAUAAAAAACAGAAGAUCUAUUGUGAUAAUUAACAACCCCAAGACCAGGCCACAGAAGAACGGGAGACAAUCGAGCUUCACAGUCAUGUAUGACACUGAUUUUUCAGAAGAUUCAACUUGCCAGCAGCAGGAGGAUUUACCUUAUGAUGGGGACCUGCCCCAGAUGAAGAAAUGCAAUGACUAUCAUUUUACCUUCAAGAAUGAUCACCUCUGUGCCUCAGGUCAGCUUAUUCUGACAGGACCAGACCCUCAAGAAAAGCCUGCACAAAAUAAGACCUUCCACAAUUCAGCUAUGGCCAUGGCUUGGGAUAAAAGUACAAAAAAUGCAGUCUAUAAAAAUUAUAAUAAGGAGAACCCAUCCACCAUGGCUCUUCAUAUUCCAGCUAAUAAAGCUGAUGUUUCAGAGGCAAACAUUUCUAAUAUUUUAUACCAUUGUCUUUCUAAAGAACAAAUCUUAAGAGGCCAAGGUAUUCAUUGUGAAAUUCUCCCAGAGACCUCCAGUACGGACAGUGUUGAUGAAGCAGAUGUUAUUAAAAAUAUAAUUUCACGCUGUGUUAAGAAAUCUUGCCACAAAGAACAAACCUCAGAAUUCACUGGCCAGCCCAAACCCAAAAGGGAUGGUGCAAACAGCAAGAAGCCAAGUUAUUCUCUCAGCGUGACAGCAGUGACUACCUUAGGUGUAGAAGAGCCAGGUGCUGCUAGAGAUCAAGGAAAUCCACACUCCCUAACAAAAAUUAAGGGGCCAAGUGACAAAGAGAGAUAUUUCCGAUGGCAGGUACUCCGGAAACAGCUGAUAGAAAAAGCAAGUUCAAGCAAUGGGUUUAAGGAUGGCCAAGGCCAACUUCAUCACCAGGACUUGAAUGUCUCCAAGGUUGCCCCCAAAAUGAAAACCCCUAAAAAUAACACAAUGGAGAAGCCAUUUUCAAUAGUUAAACAAGCUAGCAAGUCACCUAGCUUGAGAAUGAAACCAAUGGCUUUACAAGAAGUUUUAGAAGCCACGUCUAGGUCAAAUUUUGUUUCUAAACAACAUCCAGAGCAGAAAAGGAAAAAACUGGAACCUUCCCAACAACUGCAGAUGGAGCCUGAAAAGUACCUUCGACAACAACACACAGGAAUAGAAAUGGAGACAAACCUCUUGAAGUUGUUAUCAGCCUCUCAGAAAGUCCCUUCCUCAAAUUCUUACAUCUUUCUAAAGAUAUCCCAGGGGACACAGAUGUGCCAGAAGUUAAAAGAACAGACAGAUCGGCUGAACACGAAGGUACAAGAAUUUUCCAAAAGAAUCAAACAGGAGUCUCCCUGCCGUGUUCAACACAGGAUGGUCCGGGAGCCCCAGCUGGGGCCCCUUGCAGCACUGGGUCAGGACUCUCCGGCCACCGAGGAGCGGCAUCCGACCCUGCAGCAGAUCCUCACGCGAGAACCCUCCGCUAUGGGCAACUUCAACCUGGAAAGCUCAUUCAUCUUUUUUUUUUUUUUUUUUAGAAAGCAAAAAAUUGAGAGAAGAGACCACGGAAAGAUCACCUGUGGAAGGCUUUCAGCCCUCACUCACGGAAAGGCACUGAACCAAGCUCUGACUCCCGAAUUUCAUUAUAGGUACAACACCCCAGGACAGAGUCAUUUAAAUCAGAGUGAAAGAGAUGCCUUUAUCCAGUCCUGCUCUUUGGAUCGGAAUAAAAAUUCUUCCCCUCAACCAAAAGGGAUCUGUUCUCAGAGAGUAAAUUCAAAAUUAAUUCAAGAUGAAUGUGAGUUCACACCAGGAAAAAAAAAUCUGAAGAACUUUAUGGCCUACAGCUCACACCUUGUAACACCCUCCUCUUACCUCCAUUCCUGCAGAGCCUCUAGAAGCAAAGCCUUAUGUGACCUUAAUAAUGUUGAAGAAACAAACUCUAAGAUGUUAAACUCGGCUUUGGAUCAUGCCCUAAAGACAGCCACCAGUUUGAAAAAAACUACUGAUCAAAUGAUUAAAGAUAUUGCAGAAGAUCUUGCCAAAGCACAGACAUGGAGGAAUCGAUUGAAGUUCUAGUUCAAGACAAUCAAAAGGACAACCCCCCCAAAAAGCAGCAAUGAAAAUUUGGUCUCCCUUCCCAAAGUAUUUGACUUAUUACUCAUACAAAAAGAAAAAACUCAUAAUGGGUAACAAAGUUCUUAUGAAAAAGGGCCUUUGAUUAAAAUUAAAAGCAACUAUAUAUUUAUAUUAAAAUAAAUCUAUGUUCUUCCCUAUCUCACGAACUCCAAUUACCCUUCAAGGCCCCUAAGGACUUUUCCUUUUAUUCUUUUCUUCCUAAGAUCGUCUCUUUUUUCUUUUCAUUUUCUGCAGCAGCAAAACAGUUCAUAAUAAAAUAAGCUA